AUGAAUUCACCUGACCUUUGGAAUCCCCCAGAAGUACAGUUCUGCUAUGCUUCGGUUAACAAUUCAUGCCCUAGAAACGUGAGGUCUGUGCUGAGUGUCUUUGCCAUGUACGUGGUCAUGAUCGGGGCUAUUGUGAUGACCAUGCUGGGCAACAUGGUUGUCAUCAUUUCCAUCGCCCAUUUCAAGCAGCUCCACUCCCCAACCAACUUCCUGAUCCUCUCCAUGGCCAUCACGGACUUUUUGCUGAGCUGUGUGGUCAUGCCCUUCAGCAUGAUUAGGUCCAUCGAGUCCUGCUGGUACUUCGGAGACCUCUUUUGCAAAGUCCACAGCUGCUGUGACAUCAUGCUGUGCACCACCUCCAUCUUUCACCUCUGCUUCAUCUCAGUUGACCGCUACUACGCCGUGUGUGACCCGUUGCAUUAUGUCACCAAAAUUACCUUCUCUGUCAUACAGGUCUUUCUACUCAUCAGUUGGUCCAUCCCCAUCUUUUUUGCCUUUGGCCUGGUAUUCUCAGAAUUAAACAUAAUUGGUGAGGAAGAUUUUGUUGCAGCCAUUGAUUGCACAGGUUUGUGUGUUCUGAUAUUUAAUAAACUCUGGGGGGUGCUGGCCUCCUUUAUAACUUUAUUUUUACCUGGGACAGUCAUGGUGGGGAUUUACAUACACAUUUUCAAAGUAGCCAGAAAACAUGCUAAACAAACUGGAACGGGUCCUAGGACAAAGCAGGCUGAGUCAGAAAGCAAAGCAAAGUCCUCCAAAAAGGAAAGCAAGGCCACCAAGACCCUGAGCAUAGUCAUGGGAGUGUUCGUGCUGUGCUGGCUGCCCUUCUUUGUCCUGACAAUCAUCGACCCUUUCAUUAACUUUACCACCCCUGAAGACCUGUACAAUGUUUUCCUCUGGCUGGGCUAUUUCAAUUCUACUUUCAAUCCCAUUAUAUAUGGCAUGUUUUAUCCUUGGUUUCGCAAGGCCUUGAGGAUGAUUGUCACAGGAGUAAUCUUCCGCCCUGACUCGUCCACCGUAAGUCUGUUCCCUACGCAUGCCUAG